AUGGAGAACAACGCCGCCUUGGCUGCCGGCGCCGGCAUGGCCGCUUCUCCUGAGGCUGAGCUCGCCAGGACCUGCAGGGUCCUCGUCGUAGAGGAAGACCCAUCCUACCGCGCCACCCUCACCCAGAUGAUCCAGAGCCGCGGCUACCCAGUGACGGCCAAGGCAUCCCUGGAAGAAGGACUGAGGGCAUUGCGGGACAAUCCAGAGGGGUUCGACCUCGUGAUGGCUGUCGCGGACACGCAGGGUCCAGGAAUCGACGGCUUCGAGCUCCUCAAGCAUACCAAGGAGAAUUACCCGGUCAUCCUGUUCUCCGACUGCGCGUCCAAGGAGAAGGUGAUUAGGGCGCUGGUUGAAGGUGCGUGCGACUUUCUCGAAAAGCCCAUGCUCGACUCUGAGAUCAGUCGCAUCUGGCAGCACGUCCUCCGCAGAAAUGCAAACAUAGACUUUGGCCCCACGGAUGACUCCGACGAAGGGGACUCCGGCGGCAGCCAGCAGCACAAGCAGGGCAGGACCAACUUCAACUCGUCACCAGGGCAGCACGCGUUGUUGGUCAAGGCGCCCCAGCAGCUCAGCGGAACGGAAGCUAUGGAAACUGCUGAGCAAAAGGAAGGUCCGGGAGUGCAUGUCCCUACCGCACACCAAGAUAAAAUCAUAGGGGGGAGCACAUAGAAUUAUGGACGGCAUUUACUGGGAUCAAUAAUCUCAUCAGGGUUACUUGUGCUAGUUCCCUAGAGAUUUCCUUUAUUUUCAUCCGACGAACUAUGUCACAUUGUAUUGUUCUAUUGGUGGUUUCCCAGUGGAUCCAAAACUUGUACCGCACUUUGGUAUGUUUGGGAUUUAUUUUAUCACCAUAAAA